AUGGAUUACCAGUCAGGUGGCCGUGGAUGCUUCAACUGUGGCGAUGCCUCUCAUCAGGCUCGCGACUGCCCCAAGAAAGGAACUCCUACCUGUUACAACUGUGGUGGACAGGGACACGUCAGCCGUGAAUGUACCGCUGCACCCAAAGAGAAGACCUGCUACCGAUGUGGUCAGGGCGGACACAUCUCCCGUGACUGCACAUCUGCCGGUUCCGGAGACAGCUACACCCCCAGCGGAGGUUACUCAGGUGGAGGAGGAGCUAGUAGCCAGGAAUGCUAUAAGUGUGGUCAGGUUGGACACAUCGCCCGAAACUGCUCCCAGGGAUACGGCUCCGGUGGAUAUGGCGGUGGUGCUGGUGGCUACGGAGGUGGCUAUGGUGGCAACCGUCAACAAACUUGCUACUCUUGUGGUGGUUUCGGCCACAUGGCUCGCGACUGCACGCAGGGACAAAAGUGCUACAACUGCGGCGAAGUUGGUCACGUCUCCCGAGACUGCCCCACCGAAGUCAAGGGCGAGCGUGUUUGCUACAAAUGCAAGCAGCCCGGCCACGUCCAGGCAGCCUGCCCCAACUAA